UCUCUCUCUAAAAGAUCACGGACAUUUUGAAGAGAGAGAGUAGAGGAAGAGGAAGAAGAAGAUGGAGACAGUCAAAGUUCUUCACAGAUAUCUCUCUCAGAUUCUCCUAUAAGAUCAAGAACAAACCCUAACUGACAACAAUUUCCAUUUCACUUCUCUUUUUUUCUUCUUUCUUUUCAAUCUCAAUUCCUUGCAGUCUUUGUUCUCUUUUCUUUUUCUUGUCCUAAGAAGAAUUUCCUGUUCUUCCUUCUACUGUUCGAUCACCGCCGGUCCGAUUCUGGCAGCAUGAACCGACAACUUUGGCAGGCUUUUGCCGGCAAGUCUGUCCAUACUCACACUGUCGGUUCUGAGGUUUACUAUUUCGUACAAGGACAUGUCGAGCAAGCUACAUACAUACCAUCACUUUCUCAGUCUGUUCUUUCUAAUCCCGCCACUAAAUGUCUCGUUACUAGCACUGAUUUUCAUGCCGAUUCUCUUUCUGAUGAGGUCUGCAUUAAGUUGAAUCUUCAUCCCAUUCGGUCUGGUCAGGAUGAGUCUGUUCUGGUUUCCCGAUUUGGUCGUUGUGAUGAUAAUGGCGGGGAGAGGAAUAAGAUUGAGUCGUUUGCUAAGAUUCUUACGUCUUCUGAUGCUAAUAAUGGCGGUGGAUUUUCUGUGCCGCGGUGCUGUGCGGAUUCUGUUUUUCCUCCCUUGAAUUACCGGGCUGAUCCGCCGGUGCAGACUUUGUCGAUUACUGAUGUUCAUGGAGUUGUUUGGAAUUUUCGUCACAUUUACCGUGGGACGCCGAGGCGGCAUUUGCUCACUACUGGGUGGAGUAAGUUCGUUAAUCAUAAGAAGCUGAUUGCCGGUGAUUCCGUCGUUUUCGCGAAGAAUCUUAGAGGGGAUAUGUUCGUUGGCAUUCGUCGUGCCUCAACCUCUAUCACAAGGGCUAUCGCAGGCGGUGGCCGGUGGAAUAGCCAGAAUGGUGGAGCAAGAUGCAGUUUGGAGAAGAAUUGUUCUGGCGAUGGAGGAACAAAAGUUUUCUCCCGGAGGAAUAUUGGGAAGCUGCCGGCCGAGGCAGUUGCCAAUGCUGCGGAAUUGGCCGCGCAAUUUAAGCCAUUCGAGUUGGUUUAUUAUCCUAGGGCUGGUCGGUCGGAAUUUGUUGUUCAAGUCGAGAAGGUGAAUGAAUCAAAGAAUUAUCAGUGGUAUUCUGGAACAAGAGUGAAAAUGGCCAUGGAGACCGAGUAUUCGAAGAUGACAUGGUAUCAAGGGACUGUAACCUCAGCAUCUGUUCCUGAGCACGGACCUUGGAUGGGUUCUCCAUGGCGUAUGCUUGAGGUUACAUGGGAUGAAAUUGAUGCUCUGCAGAGUGCUAAGUAUGUGAGCCCUUGGGAAGUUGAACUGGCUACGCCCACUCCUCCAAUACAACCUCCUCUUCACCCAGCAAAGAAAUUUAGAGGUCUCCCGAAAUCUGGGAUGCUGAAUGGUGAAGCAGAGCUGUUUUCACCUCUGAUGAAUUUCGUUGAUUCAACAAUGGAACAAUUCAACCCAUCAUUGUUGAAUCUCAACUCUUUUCCUGCUUGCAUGCAGGGAGCCAGGCAAAAGUUAUUCUGUGAAUCUAGGUUAUUCAACCCAUGUAAAGAAAUUACUUCACUAACAUGUGAUGAAAGUUCCAUGAGCGAGCUGAAUGCUGCGAAGACAAUGCAAAUGGUGUCUACUGACCUCCUUAUUGGUAGUGUGCAGUUUGAUACCUUGUCGCCUGAUAGUCAGGCUAGUGUUCUUUCCUUUGCCACAGGAACUGCUGAGAACCAGAACUGCUGCAACUCAGCUAAAGCUGGAGUAAAUUCAAUUCAGUUGUUUGGUCAAGUCAUCUAUAUGAAUCCGCCUGUUGAAAAUGGUGUUAGCACUAAUGAUGGUGGCAAGAAUCCUAAUCAGUCCGCAUGAUCUUCUUUGAUCCGUACAAACUUUCUUGUCGUGUGUUAGACUGGGAGCUGGGUGUAGAAGGAAGUAGCUGUACAGGUACUUGGGCCACGGCAGGCAGGAAGCUGACUACAAUAUGAACAUUGGCAGUAGAUAGUUUGUCAAUGAUAGUUCGUGUUUGGUUUGAUGGCCUCAAAGGUCUUGGAUUCUGAAUUUUUGCUGAUACUCUGUUGCUGAGUUUGCUUGAGAUGUUCGUAAGCUUUGGAGAUUGUUGAACCAUUUUUAGGCCUUUUCUUUAGUGUGGAUGGUUGAGACAUGAUUUGCCGAAGAGCUAAUUCUCUUGAUGGGCUUGGUGGGAAAAGUGUU